GCGCGCUCAGUUCCAUCCGAUCGGUCGUCGCAGCGAGUUCGCGAGUUCGAACAGCGGCGCACAGGUAUUAAAGUGGAGAGCAGCAACACGGCUUCGGCUACGUUUUCGGCUCCUUUUCGAGGAAGGGCGCGCGCGUGGAGCUGCGCGAGUAACGGAUCCCGGAACGGGGAUCCUCCGCGGCGUAUAACUGGCUUUAAGGCGGCAAACCAGAUUGCGCAAUUAACCGAGUGAAUCGCCAAAUAGGCAACGGCUUUUGUGUCUGAGGCGCUGAGUGAAAUUCGAUAGGAGAGGCAAAGCCAAACGACAAACGACGACGAUCAACGGCACUGCAAAGCUGUUUUAAAACAAAAAACUAACUAAAAAAAUAUACAACAACAACAAUAAAUAAAACCGACUGACAGACAAACAACAUGGCGACCGCCGCCUGCGUUCGCUGCGCCCAGCAACAACAACAAAGGCAACAAACACAGCAAAAACAGGCGCAGGCGCAGCAGCAACAGCGACGCAACAGCGGCAGCCAUCGGUUUCUGCAAAUUUACGGCGCGUGGGCGUUGAUCACACUCCUGGCCGCCAGCGCCGCCAUCGUCCAAAGUGCAGCAGUCUCCUCCUUCGGUGAUCGCCGUUCACACCCAACUUUCAAGCCUCUGUGCAGUGUCCAGCAUGAGCACUUCAUCGAGAGCGAUGGCAAGGAGUCCAGUCUUAUCAUUGAGCUCAAGCCGGGCUCUUAUGGCGAGGAGAAUCCUUCUUGUGCCCGCAUUUUAAGUGCUCCACAAAGCUAUGGGUUCAUUGUGCGCCUCAUCCUGCCCAAGCUAAGGCACAGUCAGCCUCAGCCGGAUCCGGAAAGUACGAGUCCGGCCACAAAUAUAAUGGCUGCCACCUCUGCCGGAGGUGGAAGCACCAACUCAUCUAAGCUAAGGAGGACGGCCAAGUCGGAAGUUGCCAUGGCCAUGGGUCAGACCAACUCAACGGCGGCUUCCCGGGUGGUUGGACGCAGUUGCCCGCUGAAUAUCUUUAGCUCGCUGGACCCGCACACGGCCCAGUGGCGAGUGGAUCCCUGCCAGCUGGAGGACACGGCCUCGGAAAUGGAGGAUCCUGUAAGACUGUUCCAUGGCCGCGUGAAGAUCGUGUGGGAACAUGGCAUGAACACGCUGCGCUCCAAGCUGAUGGUCACGGUUUUGGGUAAGGGAGAGCAGUGCAAGGAUGAAAGCAAACAUCAGUGCCUGAGGAUAGGGGAUGAACCCAUUCUGUGCAUCUCCAAGGAGCUGGCCUGCGAUGGCAUUCGCCACUGUCCUUAUAGCAACGAGUACGACAGCGACGAGGACUACGAGCUGUGCUCGAAGAAGCGUCGCCCGGGCGCGGGUCACCUGCCCGCCGGCCUGGAGUCGGAUCUCUUUGAGCAAUUUGCCCUGGAAGUGUUUCGCAAUCUGUUUGCCAAUGAUGCACCCACAGGGCCGGCAGAGGUAGUGCCUAGAAAUGGAAGUGAAGGAGCCGAUGGAGAUAACUCUACCACCACAACCACCACUCUUCGGAAGGUGCACACCAAAGACAUGAAAAAGCCCGGCGAUGGUUCACCCAACUCCAUAGGACCCAGCCUGGCCACGGAUGGCGCCGAGCACAAGGCGGACAAUGACACGGCCGAUGGGAUGGGAGGAGGAAUGGGAACGGGAUCCGGAAGUGGUUUCACCCGGCGCAACUCUACGCGAUCGGGCCUGCACUCGGAUCUGUCCAAGUACGGACCGUGGGGCUAUCUGAUGCUCGGCAUGCUCCUGUGCGGCGGAGCCCUGCUCAUCUGCGGCCUCUGGGCCUCUGCAUCGCAGCAUGCGGUCAACAACGAGCGGGAGGCGGCGCUGGCCGCUGCCAAUGGUGGUGGAGGCGGCAACGGUGGCCAAGACCACCUGGGUGCCACCUCGCCGCCCAACUAUGAGGAACUGGAUCCACCGCCGGCCUACUCGGUGCUCUUUCCCAACCAGAAGGCGGCCAGCAGCAACACGCUGAAUCUGGAUGCGGCGGCAGCCAGUACGACGACAGCGGCAGCAGCAGCAGCAGCGGCAGCAGUGGCAGCAGCAGCUCUCUCAGGAGCAGUGCCAGGCGAUGUACCACAUCCUCCCCAGCCGCAACAGCAGCAGGAACAGACAACGAACUAGCCCCUAAGCCUGACAAGACACCUGUCGCACACACACACACCUGGAGAACGUAGCUUUUAAGGUCCCAACAUCUCUUCGACUGACUCUGAUGCAAUUAGCUUAAACCAAUUUAGUGAUAGCCCUAAGUGUGACUCUAUGUUAAAUGAUUGACUAUAUCUGUAUGCUAACUAAUAACGAAUAACAGAAUGAAUAACAAGAUAAUGUAACAAAUUAAUGUAUAACAAAUAAUCCAAACAACCGUCCUGUCAACGCCGCGUGUCAACGGCAGACCCCCUUAGCUUCCGAUAAUUGAGAAUGUUAUGAUAAUGAUGAUGAUGAUUGUAAAGAUGAUUGUAAAGAUUGUAAAGAACUGCAGCUGCAGCAGCAUCAACUGACGAAUCAACUAACUUUUGUAAUUCUGUUAAUUUAAAAUUUAAUGUGAUAUAAAUUUAAACUGAAUAAAAUGCAAAGUGUUUAAGUA